CACUUAUAAAGUCACACACAUUUAUAUAUAAGAUUAGUGAGACAACAAUAGUUUUAAGUAAGCUUCCAUGGAUGAUUCCAUAGGUGACAGAUGGAGACCUGAAUCCGUCCCCGUCGUUGGGUUCCAACCUCCCGAGACCCCACGAGAGCCCAUGGAGUUUCUCUCACGCUCAUGGAGUGUCUCUGCUCUAGAAGUCUCCAAAGCUCUUUCCCCUCCUUCCAUGCUCUCCAAGACUGCCAGCGGUGUUGGUUCUAUACCUGAAGAUAUCUCUGGCGAGGCUGAAGAUUCUGCUGCUGUUGCCGGAAACCCUUUUUCUUUUGCUUCUUCUACAACUUCCCAGCUUGUCAUGGAGAGGAUAAUGUCUCAGUGUCAGUCUCAGUCGCAGGAAGUGUCACCGCUUACAUCGGGAAGGCUUUCUCACAGUAGCGGACCUUUGAACGGCUCGCUGACGGAUAGCCCACCAGUCUCUCCAUCUGAUAUCGACGAUCUUAAGUACUGUCGCUUGAACAACACUGUAAACACCCAGUACAGAGGAGUUGCAGUUGGAGGUGGAGGUGGAGGCGGAGGAGGCGGUGGCGGAGGUAAGACCGUCGGGAGAUGGUUGAAGGACAGAAGGGAGAAGAAGAAAGAAGAAACCCGAGCGCACAAUGCACAGCUCCAUGCUGCAGUUUCAGUUGCUGGCGUUGCUUCCGCUGUAGCAGCUAUUGCUGCAGCUACAGCUGCCUCUUCAAGUUCAUGUAAGGAUGAGCAGAUGGCAAAGACGGACAUGGCUGUGGCAUCUGCUGCCACAUUAGUGGCCGCACAAUGCGUGGAGGCUGCAGAAGCAAUGGGGGCAGAGCGUGAGCACCUCGCAUCUGUCAUUAGCUCCGCUGUUAAUGUAAGAUCGCCUGGGGAUAUCAUGACUUUAACUGCCGCAGCUGCAACUGCUCUACGUGGGGCAGCGACAUUGAAGGCCAGAGCUCUCAAAGAAGUAUGGAACAUAGCUGCAGUGAUACCGGUAGAGAGAGGGAUGGGUAUGGGUGGUAACAAUAAUAACUGUCAUCCUAACGGUAAUUACAGUGGAGAGCUUGUACCUGAGGAUAAUUUCCUGGGCAUCUGCAGUCGAGAAUUCCUCGCCAAAGGCUGUGAACUCCUUAAGCGAACCCGUAAAGGUGAUCUUCAUUGGAAAAUUGUAUCUGUUUACAUCAAUCGGAUGGGUCAGGUGAUGGUGAAGAUGAAGAGUAGACAUGUUGCUGGGACCAUUACAAAAAAGAAAAAAAAUGUGGUGAUAGAGGUAUGCAAAGACAUUCCUUCAUGGCCAGGGCGGCAUUUGUUGCAGGGUGGGGAAGAGCGCCGUUACUUUGGGCUAAGAACACAGAUGCGUGGGGUAAUUGAGUUUGAGUGCAGGAACCAACGUGAGUAUGAAGUAUGGACCCAAGGUGUCUCAAGGCUCCUAUCCAUUGUUGCUGAACAAAGGAAUAGCAGACAUAAGAAGUGAGAGAUGUUG